GCCCUUGGCACGGGAAGGGGCGAGCCCGGGGCCGGUGCGGGGCCGCCGCGGCCGGUGUGAGGCCGCCGCAGCCUCGGCAGCCCCGGGGGCGUUGUACGGGGCCGGCACUCAGAGCCCGGCCUGGCCCCCGAGCAGCCCGGCGCGGUGCGGCCCGCCCCUUCCUCCGCGCCGAGAGCCGGGAGCCGCCGCCGCCGCGCCGCCAUGCCGAAACACGAGUUCUUUGUGGACAUGACCUGUGAAGGCUGCUCCAAUGCAGUCACCCGUGUCCUGCACAGGCUUGGAGGGGUCCAGUUUGAUAUUGACCUGCCCAACAAGAAGGUGUGCAUUGACUCGGAGCACAAUGUUGACACCCUAUUGGAAACCCUAAAGAAGACUGGAAAGAACGCUUCCUACCUUGGGGAGAAGUCCGCGCAGUAGCCUUGCCUGGUGUGAGGAGGCUAGGAACAAAAACAUCACUUCAGCAAAAAGAUGGCUUAACUGUUUGCAUAUCUCCCAACUUGCUCUGUGAUUUGGCCUUUACUACCCUGCCAGAUGUCGGAAGGCAGAGGGCUGGCAGGAGGAGACGGCUGCUUUAAAAGUGAUGAAAUCUAGAGGAGGAGGCUAUAUGUUGUUUCUAGUCCCACAGUAAAUCGAGGUGCUGUUUCUGUCUUUCAGUGCA